GAUGCUAGGGUUUAGCGAAAAGGCGAUUCUUUGGCAAUCGCAAUCUAGCUUCUGCUGUUAAUCUCGUACAUCAAGAUCAUCACUUCAAGACGUGGUUACAAAUCUCUUGUCUCUUUUACCAGGUACUGCUGUGUGCAGUCAUUUACAUCAUCUUACUGAAGUUUGCAGUCCGUUUGAUUAUUUUCUUCCUUACAAUCAUGAUCUACGCCAACAGCUCAGAGUAUAUAUUUUUUUUUUCAGCGGGUUUCUUCCUUCUUAAGUCAGAUUUCCAUUAGCAACACCGUACCAGGAUGUCUAGACGAUACACCAGAGAAGAAACAGGUAAUAGCAUAUCCUCCUUUAAGAGAUGGACUCGAGACCAACCAGCCUGUCUUCUUCCCAUAGACAACUCGGAUCUCAUAGAAGACAAUAAGCUCACUCUUAUUGGGAAAGUCCUAAACCCCUCAGGUUUGGGGAGUAAGAGGGAGAGUUGAAGGGAAAUAACUUGGCCGGGAAAGAUUCAAAUUUCACUUUGAAACGGAGAAAGAGCUACAAAUGGUCCUAAGAAGCGCACCUUACCACUACAAUCGUUUGAUGCUCAUCUUAUAACGUUGGGAACCAAUAAUUUCUGAUUCGUUCCCCUGCUACAUACCUUUCUGGGUCACCAUCCAUUACGUUCCUAUCCACUCCUUGAAACUUGACAUUCUCAAAGCCAUAGGCAAUGAAUUGAGGACCUUCAUUGACCAUGGCGUUAAAGAGAGUCGGGUUAGAGUACACAUCAAUGCCCUGAAGCCUCUUCUCAUGAAAAAGGUUUUUGCCUUUCCAACCGUAGAGGAAGCCUCUUUGGAAUUCGAAUUCGAGCACCUGGAGAAACAUUGUUUCAUUUGCCUCAAGCUCAGCCAUGAGGAUGAGGAAUGCCCUCUGAAGAAAGACCCCAACUCCAGUCAUGUAAGGAUCAUGGGAAUAAACCAACAAAACACAAUCCAACGUUUGGAAGCUGACUGCUGAUAUGUGAAUAUCGACAAGGGACAAAACAGUAUUUUAGAUCGGAAACUCGGUUUUUAUUAGAUCAAAUCAAGCAAAUACAACUGAGUUCGGUUAUUCAGAUGGACAAUAACGAACUAAGACUUAAUGCAACUAAGAGUCUAGCGUAAUGAGCUCUCAGUCUCUAAGUCUUCUCGGGAAUAUCUUCUGUUCUCUGGUGUCAAUUCGUCUCCCUUUAUAUAUCCUCUAAGUCGGUCUUCAAGCACGUCUUAAGCGAUAUGGGACCGAGAGAACUUUCCUUUUCUCUCGGUUCCUUUCCUUUUCUCAUGUUCGUUUCUUUUUUCAAAUAGGAAGCUUUCCUAUUUUUGACCGAACUCGGGGAGCUUCUCCAUUCCUUCGAGAAGCUUCUCGCCGACCUCAGCUUAAUGGGCUGUAUUCGGCCCAAGAUUUCACUAAGCCCAGUCUUCCCGGUACAAUCCUUCGUAAACCAGGCUUACAUUUCGCCGAUCUCGGUUUGUACCGGAGAAAAUCGAGGUGCGGUUUUCACCUCCAACAGUUAGCCCUCCCCCCUCAGUUCGAUGAAAGGGAAUGACUUUUUAGUCGAACUCAUUUGAUUCAAAGUAGGUCACAAACUGAGAUCGGUAACUGCAGUCGAUUCGUAUUCCCGGACGUUUCGCACCCUGUCUUCAAUGAGACGCGUGAAUUACGGGAUCUUCACGAAAAUCGAGGAACCCACGAUUCCCACUGUUUAUAAAGGGGAAAACUCCUCUUCACAUUCAUUACUCUCGCUCAAGCAUAUAUAAGGUACGCUGCUCUCCCUUCUCUCUAGAUUUUGUUUCUCUCUCUAGUUUUCAUUUGUAAUUUUCUCUCGUUUCUUCAACUCUCGCCGCCGCGAAUCCUUGAGUUUUCCGAUCUAUCUUCAAGUUUUCCGUUCGAUCUUCAAGUUCUCUGAUCAAUCUUCAAUAUUUUCCGGUUGAUCUUCAAACUGUUCUUCAAUCUUCUUAGAUCUCUUUCGACUCUUCUUUUCCGAACUCAAAAUGUCUUCUAGUUCUUCCAUUAACUCUUCUUCCAAUCAAAUCCUUCCGGAGGAUCGCCGUGAACCCUCGAAGCCGAGCUCUUCUUAUUAAAAUCCUCAUCAAUCGAGUUCGUCUCAGGAAGAGAGCAAUCCUCCACAGUUAGUUCGUAAGAACUCCAAGUCGGUGGAAGCUAGCAGCAGCCGUGCUAGAUCUAGAGUUGAAGCCACCGAGCGUCUGAUUACAGAGACUCGCAAAACGGAGGCUCGGACAGGGCCGAACGCUGGCGGUAAUAAUCAUGAGAUCGAUGAGAUCGAGGAGGCCGAAGAAGAAAAUCAGGAGGAGGACGCCACUGAGGGUGAAGUUGCCGAAGACAACCUUGAAGCGGUGAACCAUGCUUCACCACCACUUCCAAGACGAAGGGUCGUUCGUCCUAACAACGUGCCGUCUUCCUCGGUUACUUCGGGUGCUAUUCAGGCCGUGCUCGAAGAAAAUGGGCUCUCGGAUCAAAUUGCUUUCAUAAUUCCUGAAGCUGGAGAUCGGCCAUGGGACGUCCCCGAAGGCUUCCUCUGCAUAUACCUGACCUACUUCACACAAUGCGGGCUUUCGCUUCCAAUUCCCUCCCGUCUGCUCGGGUACUGCAAUCGGCGAGGCGUAGCUCUCACGCAGGUGAUGCCGGCUUCUACAACGAACUAUGUAGGGUUCGUCUCCUUAUGCGAAGAGCUCGGUGAGAUUCCAACUAGUCGGUUGUUCGAGGAUCUCUUUUCGGUGAACAUCCACAAAUCCAAGGAGUGGUUUUUUGCUGCGAACGCUAACCCGAAGAAGAACAUCGUUACUGGACCUAAGCCCAGUAAAUUCAACGACUGAGAAUCUCUAUAUUUCUAUCUUGAGAUGAACGAUCUCACCGUCAGCAAUUCUGACAUCCCAACUCAAUCGGAGUGGAAGAUUCUGAUUGGUCAUCAUCUCCCAAGUAUCAUGCUCAACUCCGGUCUUACAUCCGAGUUCGAAGAAGCCUUCAGUGAAGUCGGUAAGCGUCGUUGGCCUGAAGUUUGCGAGGAAAUUCUUCAGCGUCGAGCUAAGAAAGCAGGUUCUGUUCAAGAACCGAAACCGCGAAAGCCAAAGGCUCGAGCUAGCAAGCCGCGAGCCGCUCCCAAACGUAAAGCACCGAAAUCGCGAGCUCAACGUACCCGGACUGCCAGGAUGCUCUCACUGGAUGAGAUCCCAACUCUCUUUGACGAAGAGGAGCCGAACGUGGCAGAUCCGACCCCUGUCCCUGCUGCCGAAGGGACCAAUGAGCAGCCGGAGGAACUGCUGCGAACUCACCUGACCAAACCGGUCAGAAGAAACUGAAGAAGAAGAAGUCUUCAAAGAAGACUAAGAGGACUGAAGAUUCUUCUCGAGUGCAAGAUGUACCCGCUGAGCUCGAUCCACCGGCGGCUGUGGCGUCGGACCUCGCUCUUUCUCAAGACCGAGCUGAAGCUUCUCACUCCCGCAAGAGACAAGCUAGGGAUCAUGCCGAUGGUUCUCCAGAGCUUGA